AUGGCGGAUGGGAAUGCCUUCGUUGGGGCUGCGGCGGCGCUGUAUCUGCUGUGUGGGCUUUGUCUCCCUAAGGCCGAGCUGAGGUUCUACAUUAUGAUAUUACUCGUGCUCGGCUACAACACUGCGACGGAUUUCGUUUCAAUGAGGCCGAUCAGCAUAUAUGCUUCCUCAUAUAGCUACCAAAUACCUCGCGCGUAA